AUAAACGAGCUUCCUUGCUCGCUGACAGUCGAUACAACAUCUCGCAUCUACCCUUCUCCUGCGAAAACAAAAUCCACCAUAUCCCAGACAUCGGUGCUGACCAUCUAUCUCUAAAUCGUACGUUGAUAUCUCUUACCGAAAACACCUUAACAACAUACUUUCGUCGGUUUAACCCAGAAGCAGAGGAAGAGAGAGAGAGAACGAAACAUUGCAAAGAAAGGACCCAAAAGAUGUAUCACGAAUUCAAACAAGGACCAAUCAAGAUCACCGUCGGCCACGGAUACGGGGCCGGGUACUUCAUCAGGGUCGAGGAUGAACGACUAGCGGCGGAUGGGGACGAAUUCCCCGCAUCCAGCUUUGAGGAAGCGUGCUACAGCGUUGAUAGCUCGGGGAUGGGCAUAUACCUGGCGGCUCGUACUGGGAAUGAGGGAUCUGGGACCCAAGUUAGCAUUGAGGCGAUGAGGAGACUGUGGGAGCUAUACGGGGUGAUUGGGGAGACGAUACCGCUUAUGGAGUUGCUCGACCUAGGUUUGUCUGGUAUCGUGUAGGCGCCAUCAACCAUGCGGCCAUGUGCAUGAGAUCGCAUGUAUGGUAUGUUUACGAUACGGGUUGAGUCAAAAUUGUGUCAAGCUUGGGCUGUGCAUGCCAAUUAAAUUGGUUUAUCAAAGGGAAACUAUUUGACGAAGAG